AUGACGAAAUCCACAGACCACGGCACCUCGGGUGGAAGCAUGCCGCUCGUUUAUGUUUUCAUGCCCUCUGAUGGUCUUGGCACACAGCUUAUUUCCUGCAAACUCAAUGGCAGGAAUUACAACACGUGGUCCCAAGCAAUGCAGACGGCACUUCAAGCUAAAAAUAAACUCAUCUUUAUCGAAGGCAAGGUGACACAAUCAGCAGAAGGAGAACCUUGCCAAGAGCAGUGGGUUACUUGUAAUUCGAUGCUGCUCUCAUGGAUUUUCAAUCACUUGGAUGAAGAGCUGCAGAAUUCUGUAACAGGGUCAAAGAAUGCGAAGACUCUAUGGGACGACCUUACAGAACGUUUUUCACUGGAGGAGAGAACAAUCCUUGGGGCCGUCCUUUCUGUGAUUAUUGCGGGCGAAAUGGCUAUCAUCGGGCGACAUGUUAUCAGCUUCACGAUUACCCAGGCUCCGAUUAGUGGAAUCAGAAGAAUUCGGAGGGGAGCUCUUCGGGAAACCCUCGAACAGGCGGCAGGAACCCUUCCUCGUCUUCUUAGAUCCUGCAACAGCAACAGAGAGGAGGUGGAGUCAGAUUCUCCAAUUCAAGAGGCCCAGGUAAUGGAUAUUCGGGCGGCACAUCUCAGCGCCCGGUCCAGCACAACCGUGGGCAAUGGAGGCCUAGUCAUUCGGCCCAGCAAUCCUUCACUCAGGGCCCAGCGAACUACACAGCGACCCAGGCCCAUGCGGACUCUCUAG